AUGAAUGGCCUAAAGUCAUCUCAGUUGAACCUUGAUGUCACAAGGGCCUUGGCAACGGCUGGAUUCAGGCGAGAACUCGCGACAUAUCAAGCCCUGGUGUUGGAACUGGGAAUCAUCAUCCAUUCUGUAAUUAUAGGAUUAUCGUUAGGUGCUUCUAAAAGCCCGAAAACCAUAAAGCCGCUUAUUGCCGCAUUGUCUUUCCACCAAUUCUUCGAAGGAUUAGGUCUUGGCGGAUGCAUCUUUCAGGCGGAAAUCAAGUCGGUGGCUAGUAUGUUGAUGGGUGUGUUUUUUGCGCUUACAACUCCAAGUGGAAUUGUGAUUGGAAUAUUGGUAAGCAAUUCAUACGAAGAAAACAGUCCCACUGCUCUUAUCGUGCAAGGCGUGUUAAAUGCUGCUUCGGCUGGAAUCUUGAUUUAUAUGGCACUUGUCGACCUUCUUUCACCCGAUUUUAAGGAUCCUAGGAUGCAAAAGAACAAGAUCCUUCUACUUACUUCAAAUGUUUCGCUUCUUCUUGGUGCCGGCCUUAUGUCUCUCCUUGCCAACUGGGCUUGAAUAUGUACAUGUAUAUGUAUGCUAACUUGAUAUAUUAGUCGGUAGACGAAUUAUCGUGUGAGAAUAGGAG